UACCAUGCCAAUGUAUAAGCGACUUGAUAAGUUCACAUCCAUCUAACUUAUUAUUAUUGUCUGCAUCAUGCAUUUUGAAAUAAUGAAAUUGUAAUUCUUGUUCUGACAUUGUACUUGUGUCUAAUGAUGGUAAAUCUAAAUGUUUUUUAAUAUGUCUAAAAUUUGAAUUAAACAAAAUUAGUAUAGUAACAAAAUAAAAUACAAAAUUCUUCAAUAUAUAAAAUAUACAGAUAUUUACUCGCUUUCUUCUGCAAUAUUAGUAUGUAAAACUUGUUGUGGAUGAGAUUGAUGUCCUUCAGAUCCAUGGCCAUGACCCUAAAAUAUACCAAUUAAAUCACCCAAUCACCUUUUUUUUUAAAAAAAAUUUUAUAUACUUUUCUCAAAUAAAUUUAUAUAAUAUUUUCUAUAUAAGAAAUAUUAAUCAAUUAAUUAGUUAUAUUUAAUGUAAAUAGUAAAUAACUACUGGUUGGUGCUGUGAGGGUUGGUGUUGUUGUUGCUGCUGCUGUGGCGGUGGUGGUUGUUGGUAAGGCUGUUGGGGAAUAUUUUGUUGUGAAGGUGGAUGUUGCUGAAUUGGUAUCUAGUGAAAACAAAAUUAAUUGUUAAUAAUAUGUUUUAUAAGUAAUAAUAUUUAAUUUAUAGAAUCAAUGGUAAUGGGUAAUUUUAUUUUAUAUUUAAGGCUAUUAUUUACAAUUUCUUUACCUGUUGCUGUUGUUGAUACAGUUGUGGGUUAACACCUGGUGGUGCAUAUUGUGCCAAUGAUUUAUAAUUAUUUAACACUAUUAAAAUAGGAAAAAAAAAUAAAAACUUCUUAGAACACAUUUUUAAAACAAAAAGCCUAUAAAAUAUAUAUAAAUAUAUAAACAUUGAAGUGAAAAACUUGCAAGUGUGUCAGUAAAUAUAAGUGUUUUGUAUAUAUAUUAUAAAUUAAUUUUUAAUUCUAUAACUUUAUUUUAAACCCUGUCAUAUUAUACACUAUUACAGUUUAAUCUAUGAAUCAACAACCACGUCAUUCGUUAUUGUAUAUUACUGGUAAACGAUUUUGCUUUUGUAUCACAAAACGAUAGAUUAAAUAUCUAAUAACAAUUCAUACAACUGGUGUAUAUGCAUAGUGCACACGUGUCGUAUCAUGUUUAUAUAAUCGUGAGCACUCAUGCCGUGCGUUUUUCAUGUUUAUAUACAAUUUGUAAUACCAUUGAUAACAAAAUUAUUAUCAAUUAAGUGAAUAUUGAAUAAUAUUAUUUUUGAUUUUAUUUUAUGAUAUAUUGAUUUGUAUUUAAUGUGCGCUAUUUUAUUUCAGUGGCAGACAUAAAAUAAUUACAAAAUAAUUUAUGUUUCGGUUACGAUUACAUGUUAAGAUACAUAGAAUACCAAACGAACAUGUACCAAGUGUACUUCAAACAUUUUCACUUUUGGCAGGUAAUUAAAAAAAAAAGAGAAAAUGUGCAUACUUUGUACUUUUAAUUUUUUGUUUUUCCCCGACCAACCAUUACCAGAAAAUUUAUUGAAAGUUAAAAAUAAGUUGAAUGAAGCUUUUAUAAAAAUAAAAAACAUACAUUAUACAAUCAACAUUAAAAAAUUUUUCUAUAUAAGGCACCAGUAAAUAAUAAUAAUAAUACAUUCAGUACUAUUAUAAAAGUAUAAAAUGCUAUUGCUAUUAUUAUUAAAUUAAUAAUAUAUUUAAUAACACUUAAUGUUACUAAUUAUAAUAUAAUGAUAAAUUUGCUUUCUUUUUUCUACAUUCCUUUUGGCAAGGCCACUAACAUUAUACGGUGUACUCUUUAUAAGCUAUGUCAAUAUUUAUAGAAUAGAUAUGCAAUUUAUUAUGUACCCUACUCUUUCAGUCUAAACUUUAAACUGGUUUUGAUUGAUUUUUUACCAAUUUUACCUUAAAGCACUAGCUGUCAUUUCAAAAGUAACAACCGAACGAACUUAGAAAAACAUUUAUACCACUUUUCAAUUCGGUAUUCUGUAUAUCCAUAUAGACCUUAUACUUUAAUAGUAUAAAGUAUGUGUAUAUUUUAAUUCGUGGUUAUGAUACAAAAUAUUAUUCACCGUUAUCACUUUACGUAAAAUCGUAAUUAAAGUAGACACAAAUAAUAGUAGUAACCACGGUCUUAGAAGAUUCUGGACAAGUAGUAGUAAACUAGACAGUAACGUAAUACAGAUUACGUUAUAAUAUUAAUUAUUAUUUUUGAUAAUAAUGUCACAUUAACUAUUGAUAAGACCAACGUUUCAAAACAAAAUUAUCACGGUAAAUUUCAUAUAAAAUACAUAAAAUUAUUAUUUUUUCUGUUAAUUUAACCUAACCUUAACUUGUUUAUUAUUAAAACACAAAUACCUAUUAGACAUUUUUAUUGUUUUGAUAUAGUUUUUCUUUCCUAUAUUUCUUAUCACAGAUGAGUAUUUUUAUCAUAAUAUAUUAUUAUACACAUAUGUGUUAUCUAUGAUUUUUAUAUUGUAUGAUGUCAGAAACUAGCAAAAUAAUAUCUAUACGUAAUAUUUGUAUAUGAUUAUGAAUAAAAACGUAUAAAUAACACAUUUUUAAUAAUCGAAAAUUUAAAAAUUAUAAUACUAUGUGCGUGUAUUUCUUAUGGAAUAAACCGUACCAUGAAAGAUUAUUUCUGAAGAUCCUCUAUAGAACUAUUAACCUAUGAUCUAUUAUAUAAGUAAAUCAAUUUUUUUAUGGAGUCCAUGAUCAUAAAUCUUAUACCAUAGACCUUAACCUUAUACUAAUAGGUUGGCCUUUUGUUCACGUAGAACGGUCAUCGAUAGAGGGCGCUUCAUGUAUGACUUACGUGGUAUUAUUGUAUCACGAUUUAUUAAAUAAAUCUGAAACCGAGUAUUGUACAUUGGACAACAUAUACAAUGACAACACUGAUAUGAUUAUACUGUACAUCACUGUAGUAUAGCUAAUCGGAUACUACCACAGUAACUCUGUAGUCAAGGGUAGUUAGAGCACUAUAGAAGCAUACUUAUAGUACCUUAGGCCUGUCUAUACAAUACAAGGUCUUAUAUAUGGGCUAUGUUUUAUACUAAUAUAAGGUAUGAAGGUAUAUGUUUAUGGUGAAGUCCUUCAAGUUUCUAUUACAAAUAAUUAUCAUAUUCAUGAUCAAAACAUAUGUGUCAUAUCCUUAGAUAAUACAUUAUCUAUGGUAAUAUCACAAUGUUAUCAUUGUGUAAUUUACUGGUCUAAAUAUAGUAUUGAUAAUACAUAGUACAAUAAUAUUGUUUUGUUAGUUAUUAUGUUAGUUAAAUUAAUUGUUAAGUAUAUUAUAAUUUAGGUGCCUAGAUUCUUUUGUAUUACUAAUUCUCAUUUGAUUUGUUUUAUUGAUUAUUAUUAGCAUUCAUAUAUAAUCUAAAUGUCGCUUUGUGAGCAAUGGAUUUAUUAGACAUAGCUUAUUCUGUUCAAAAUGACAUUUAUUACUCAACUUUUCGAAAAUGGAUAAUAUCAACUUACCAAUUUUUACUAAUAGAAGUGAGUUAAAUACAAAUUAUAUCUAUUUAAAUGUGUAAUAUAAAACUUUAAUACUCCUAUGAUAAGAUAAAUAAUUGCCAUAUGAAAAAAGAAAAUUGUGUAUAAUUUCUGAGAACAAAAGAUUACCUAUAUUUUAUAAAUAUGUAUUGUUUCAUUGAGAAAGUGUGUACAAUUUCACAGAUAUCCUGUAUUCAAAUUUAUAAACAUAAUUUAAUCAUAAAAAAAAUAUACAUAUUUAAUUUCUUUUUCAAUUGUUUAUAUGAAUAUAUUGAAUAAUUGAAAAUUUGUUUAAAUACUUUUUUAUGCUAAUUAUUUAAUUAGGUGCCUUUUAUUAGUGCUCCACUACUCUCCCUCUACCUAAACUUAAGAUUGGAAUAUCUUGUCGACUAAUUGUAGGAAAUUUUAAUAUUUAAAUUUAUUUUAACCAAUACUCUAUUCAUUUAUGAAUUUGUUUGUUUAUUUGAUUCUCAUUUGAUAAAUCAAAGUUGGCAUUGCCCCUGGAUAUUUCUUUAAUUUUAUGAAAAAUCUAAGUAUUCAAAAAUAUUGACUUUAACUACACCUAAAGAUUCUAAUAAUCAAAACUUAAAUAUAUGCUAAGUGUAAUCAAAAAAAUUUGGUGAACACACUUAGUGAAUCGCUCUGUAUGUAGGUAUAAACACAUUAAUAUAUUCUCAUACCUUAUGGUUUAAGCAAAACAUAUUUAGUUCUCUCUAAAACAAAAUCCUUGCUACACCACUGAUAAAUUAUAUUGUACAUAUCAGCUGUAUUUAAUUAAUGUGAUAUCUACUUAUACAUAUGGCUCACAUAAUUUAUGUUUAGUAGUUAAUAUUAUACUUUUAUUUAUUUAUUUUUCUAUUAAAUUCAAUACUUAUAACUAGAGAGUAAAUUUAUUUGCUCUAAAAUUUAACAAAAAGUACUUGAUAACCCCAAAAAAACCUUGAAAAAGCACAUACAAAUAUUUAAAAAUACAAAAAUAAUAGAUGGGUAUAAAAGUCCCCCCCUCUAAUGUAUUUAACUUGCAAAUACAAAUUUUUAAAAAGUUAGAGCCAUUAGUGAUGGGAUUUUUAAACUAUAAUUUUUUUAAUCUAAAUGUUUUUAAGCGAUUUUUUGUGGAUUAUAAGAGAAUAUAAAUCUGAUCUCUAAUUAUAAUUAUAAACGUAUUAAACAAUUCAAUCAAGGAAUUAAUUUAAAAAUGGAUACUCAAAAAAUUUAAACACUUUGUGUAUCCUUUUUACUUGUAAUUCAAUUAUAAUUUAUUUGUUUUAUUGUUUUUAAAGAAAACGUUAGUAAUACUUCUUGGAUGCACAAUAGUAUUACUAUUAUUCGUUACAAUUAUGUUUUACAAAUGGAAAGCUAAAUGUAAGUUAUAUAAUAUACAAAAUAAAUAAUUUUAAAAUUAUUAAACCAUUAUUUAAUUAAAUGUUUAUAUAGUUUUUGGAAUUCAAGGAAAAGAUACCAGUGCCACUACAAAAACAAGGUUUCGAAAACGUGAUAAAGUUUUAUUUUAUGGACGAAAAAUGUUGAGAAAGGUAAAACAAUUAAAAAUGUAUGUGAUAAUCAUUUAUGUCAAUAAUUCAUAAAAUAUUAUAUUAUUAUAUUAUUAUAUUAUUAUAUUAUUAUAUUAUAUUAAAACAAAUACUUUACUUUUAUACUAUUUAUUGUAAAUAUCUGUUUUAAACUAAUAUUUUAUAAAAUCUUUUUAUAAAUGUAUCUAUUUAUUUCUUUAUUUAUUUAUGAAUAUAUAAGUUUAUUUAAUAUAUUAUUUUUUUUUUUUAAGGUGAAAAGUAUAUCUGGACAAGUACGUGGUCAAGGGAAAAAAAGAAAAUUAGUGAUUAAAUUUGCUAGACGUUUACUAAGAAUGAAGAAAGAUACAUUGCCUCAAAGAUUAAAUGUAUUUAUAUUUGUUAAUUAUAUGUAAAGUGAUGCUAUAUAAAUUUAAAAAAAAAAAUUAAAUUAAAAUAAUAUAUUUUUCAACAAUGAAAUAUUUUGAUAGAUAAUUGUUUGAUAAAUAGGUAUUGGAGCCACCUGCUGAGUAUUUAGAAGAAGAAUUAAUUAUGAAAGAUGGUCAUUCUGUUCCUCCUGAUGCAUUUUAUAUGCUACAAAGUAUUCGGUAAGUUUGAUUUUUAAUAAUAUUAAAAAAUUAUAAAUUUUGUUUACUGAUAGUAUUGUAAUUAAUAGCUUUGUUCAUUUUAAUAAAAAGUAUGCAUUUUUUUGCAUAUAAUCGUAUAGGUACGUCACAUACACAUUUGAUUAUGUGAGUAGUACCGAGUGAAUUCUUUAUCAUAAGUGUACAUUUUUUUUAAGUUAGCAUAGUUAAUGGUAAUUUUAUUAUUGACCAAAUAAUAAUUAGUCAUUACACUCAUUACCUGACUGAAUCAAAAUUUCAAAUAUUAAAACUCAUCUAAUUUUAAAAUAAUGUCAGUAUAGAAAUUAUUAAAACAAAAUAUGUAAAUAUGCAUAAUAUACACAAGUAUAUUUCCAUAAUCAUCACCAAUAUACAUUAUAAUUAUAUAAUAUUUCUAACUAUUGUAUAAUUUAUACCCUGACAGUACUUAUAAUAAGAUAUAUAAAGAAAAGAUACAUAUUGUAUAUAUACAAGAGUAAAUAUAUUGAUUAUUAUAAAUAUAACCUACAUUACACACAAAUAUUUUUAAAAAGAAUUUAGUUUAAUUUCAAAAAGUAUUGCUUGACUUGUGGUGAAAUUAUUUAAAAAAUUAUCUUAAUUAAUGGAUUAUUUUUUAACAAUUCUUUAGUACCAGUUUUAUAAUUAUAGUUGUUUUAAGCUUUUUCAUAAUUAAUUUGCUUAAAAAUAUGGAUUGUUCAUUAAAUUAAUUUUGCUAAAUACUGUUAUUAUUUCAGUAUUUUUGGACAUUUUGAAAAACCAAUUUUUUUAAAACUUUGUCGUCAUACAGAAAUAUUAAGUGUACGUGCUGGAUCACAUUUAUUUAAAGUUGGUGAUCUUGAUGAAAAUGUUUUCAUUGUCCAAAGUGGACUUGUUAGUGUAAAUAUUACUUCAAUUGAUGGCAGCAUAAUCCCCUUGAAAUUAGUUAAAACUGGAGACAGUGUAACAUCAUUAUUAAGUUUGACUGAUGUUCUUAUUGUAAGUAAUAAUACAAAAUAAACAAUUUAUUCAUUUGUAUCUAUUAAAUUUAUGUUAUAGGGUCAUAAGAAGAAUUAUAAAACUGUUAGUGCUCUUGCUGUUGAAGAUAGUACAAUAGUAAGGUUACCAAUUGCUGCGUUUCAGGAAGUUUUACAAGAUUAUCCAGAUUCCUUAAUUCAAAUAAUCCAAGUGGUGAUGGUCCGUUUACAAAGAGUUAUGUUUACUGCUCUUCAUCAGUAUUUAGGACUUUCAUCUGAAUUAGUUAAAAAUGUAAAAGUGAAUAAUAGUUAAUAUUUAAAAACCAUCAUAAUUAUUAGGACAUAAAUACAAAAAAAUAUUAAUAUACUUAUACUUAUAUUUAGGGUUUAGAUGAAAACAAAAUAAGUCCUUUUAUUACAGCUUCUAAAAAUGAAUCAUCUAUGUUUGUACAAAAAGGUAUAUUUUAUUAUUAUAUGCAUUUAUAUUUUAUUAUUAAUUGUUAAAAAUUAAAAUAUUUUUAGAAACUACAUUAAUAAUAGAUAACACAUUAGAAUCACUUACAAAUGAGCCAAAACACGAUAAAAAAGAAUGGUUUCAUAAAAUGGCAUUAAAAGUUUUUGUUAAAGAACUUCAACUUGAUAAUGAAGAUUUAUUGAAAGGAAAAAUUGAAGUUCGUAAAAUUCCUACUAACAUAUAUGUAAUGCGAGAAGAUUCUUAUAAAGUAAGAUUAAUGUUAAUAAUUUAUUCUAAAACAGUUUAAGAACAAUUAUAAAAAGUGUGGUGAAAGAGUAAUUUUUUGCAACUUACAAGUUUAAGUAUAAAAUAAAGUAUCAAUAAUUUCUGUGUGAACAACUUUUUUACCAGAAAAAUAUUAAGAUUUCAAUUUUGUUUUUUUACCAGAAAUCUUGCUUCAAAUUUCUUAAGUUGAAUUUUUUCUUACAGCAAAUUUUCCUUGUAGUUUUCUUAAUAAUUGGGAAAUUUGAGAAUAAUGGUUUCAAUAUUUUUGAUUAAUUUUUUUUGUAAAUUCAUUUAAAAAGAAUGAUACAAAUUUUACCAAAUUCUUAUAUUUUCUAAACAUGGUCAAUGAUUUUCAUUGUUUUGUGUGGAUGAAAUUAUUUUUGCCCAGUUAAAAUGUUUUUACAUAAAUAAAAAUUUGUAUUUAACGGUAACAAAAGUUUAGCAAAAUAAACUAGUUUUUUUGUAAACUUAAUUUUAUUUUCUAACGAAAAUCAAAAAAAAUAACAUUAAUCAAAUCAAUUCAAAAAAUGUUUAACCGAACUUUACUCAGAAUCAUAUUUUGUUAUCAUUGAUUUAUCAUUGUGUACAGAUAUAAAUUAAAUAACUAUGUAUUCUAUUUUCCUAACUUCCUACCUUUCACAUUCAUUAGCAGUAUCCAUCUUUUUUUUUUUUUUUUUUUAACGAUCUUUACAUCAACUAAUUUCAUUAAGUGAGACCACUACUUCCUUACAAUGAAGAUACUAAUUGGCUGAAUCUGACACUUUACUUCUAAAAGUGAUAUAUAACUCCCAGAAGAAUGUCUUAUCAAAAGAUGAAAAAUCCUAGAUAUAAUUUUGUGUUAUAUUUUAUGUAUGUUAUUGAUGUAUAUUGUUGUGUAACUUGGUUAAUCAUGAGUAAGGCAAAGGAAUUUUACCUUAAAAAUUCACCAAAUAUGCAUUUAUAUGGAAAAUAAAAUAAUGCAAAAAAAUAUUUCAAAAACACAAUUUGAAAUUAAUAACUGCAUAUUUUUAAAAUGUAUUUUAUUAAUGUACCUAGUUAAUAGUUACAAAAUGCAGAUACUUCAGACUAUAAAAAAAAUAACAAAAUCUCAAUAUUUCAAUUUUUAAAAUUUAACUUAUAUUCAUUUAACAUUUCGAUCAGAAUUUAGAUACAUCAUUUUUUAAUUAAGAAAAUAAUAAUGCAGGGCACAUUUUUACAUAAAAAUAAAAUAAAUCGAAAACAGAAUGUAUAGUUAACUAUUUAGAAACACAGACCACUGGUAUAUGAAUAUAUUAGCAUAUCGUCCAAGAGUCUGCUCUAAUCAUAAGAAUACACAUUCAAUUCAAUAAAAAUAAACGCUAUAUAUUUUGUCUAGGUUUUUUUAAAUUUUAUUUUUGUAUUUUUUGUAGUUUUAUCUAACCAACAUAAAAAAUUAUCAGGAAAUGAAAGAAAUAGUAAAAUUAAGUGUUUUAUUAUUAAUGAUAUAUAUUUUUGAAAGGCUUCCCAUUAUUUUCAGGAUGCAGCAUUAGUUUUAUUAUUGAAUGGGUCAAUGAUAGUAUCACAAAAAAUGGAUCCUGAUGGAUUGACUGAAGCCCAUAUGUAUUCAGUCCAGCCUGGUGAUAUUGUUGGUGGACUAGCUGUUUUAACGGGAGAACAUGGAUUUUUCACUUUUAGAGCUAAUCGCCCAAGUGUAAUCGCAAUAUUGUCAAAACAAACAGUUUAUGCGUAAGUCAAAUAAAUUUAUUUUAAUUAACAUAGUUAUACAUUUGAAUAUUCAUUCAGAAUAUAAACUUGUUCACUAAUUCAUAAGCAUAAAAUUAAACUAAGUUCAACUAUUUCAUUUUUUUUUUUUAUAUAUAUAUAAGUUUGUUUGGUUCAGGUUCAUUAUGAGUUAAUUUUACCUAAUGAUUUUUUUUAACUUAACAGUGUCAGUUAUUUUGUUAAUUAUCAUAUAAGGUAUGAAGUAUGUCCAUUUAAAAUAUUUUCAAAAGGCUAUCACAGUAGAAUUUGCCAGCUCAAUAUUUUUACCAACAUAGCUUAAAUUCUGAAUGUAAAAUUUUAAAUUUGAAUUUAAAUGAAGACCCAAUAUCAUAUUAUGAUUUUUACUUUAUAUUGUAACCCUUUAUUGUUUCUCAAAAGGAUAAUGCGAAUAAAACCUCAAAUUGUUUUACCAAUUGCAAACACAGUAGUUGCUCGCUUAUCACCAUUUGUACGUCAAGUAGAUUUUGCCUUAGAUUGGUUGUUUAUUGAAAGUGGACGAGCUGUGUAUAGGUAAGUUGAAAAUUAUUUUUUAAUUUACAGAUUUUUAUAGACAAAAGAUAAUAAUUAAUUAUUUAUAGUUGUCUUUUUUUAAUUUAUCGAUUCUAACUGAAGCAAAGAAAUAAAUUUUAUAAAUAUUUUGUAUGUUAAAAUUUUUUCACAGCAAGAAUUUGGUGAAUUUUUUUCUAUAGAUAAAUAAAUAAACAAAAUUGUAUUUUAAAGAUGUCAGUCUUUUUCAUUUAAGUUACUUUUACUAAGUUUGAUACAUAAAUAAUAAUAAAAUCAUAGUUAUAUUUGAGGAAAACUUAAAAUUACAUUUUAUGCAACUAAACAAUUUAUUAUAUUUAAUUCAUCUUAAUUCUAGGCAAGGUGAAGAAUCUGAUAGUACUUUUAUUGUGUUAAGUGGACGAUUACGUUCAGUUAUUACUCAUGAAAAUGGAAAAAAAGAGUUGGUUGCCGAGUAUGGAAAAGGAGAUCUAGUAGGAAUUGUAAGUUUUAAUUGUUAAAUGUUUUGUUAUAUUGUAUGUUAUUUAAUAUAUACUUUUCUUUAACUUACCUUAAGUUGUGUUAUGGAAUCUUGCAAUCCAUUUUAAACCCACUUUUCAUGGUGUAAUCAAUUUCAAAUUUAGCAUACAUUCAUAUUUAUGAUAUAACUUUUAUUUGUGAAGAUUUUUUAGAUUCUGAGUGUAACAAAAAAAUGAUUGGUUUUACUAAGAUGUUUAUUUUUCUUUUUUUAUUUAUUUUAUUUUAUCCUGUGUACAAAAAUUUGACCAUAAAUCUUGCUCAAAUAUAUACGCGCGGCACCAUUUCUAAAAGGGAAUGUUGUCCAGGUGGUAUUUUUGGGAGGUCAUUUUUUUAAUUUUCCAAGCGGUUUUCAUAAUAUCUGGGAAACCCAAGGAUAAAACUUAAGAUAAACGGGAAAUGUAAAAAAUUAAUGUUUUUAUUAUUUUAUCAAUUUUUUUAUUUGUUGUAAUUCAGUUAAAAAUAUUCAUAGAGACUUGAAAUUUGGACAGAAAACUUAUAUUUAACUAGACGUGGUAAAAUUUUCAAACAAUUUAAGCCAUUUAUAGACAUUUUAAUUUUUUAUGUAAUUUUUAUUCGGUAGGUACCCUGUGAUAAAAUUGUUAGACUUAACAGAAAUGCUUGAAAAUUUAGCAGGAGGUUCAUUUUUAACAUUGGAUGUAUUAUUUUAUUUUUUUUCUGUAAUUGUAGUCUAACAUUUUUUAGUCUUGAUAAAAAAUAUCCUAUUUAUUAUUUUUUUUUUUGAAUGUGUAUUUUUUGUUUUUAUAAAAAUAUUGUUUUUAUUCACAAUAUGUUAAUUUAAUUUUUUUAUUAUAUACAUUCAGGUAGAAGUUGUCACCCAAACACCUAGAGGGACAACAGUUAUGGCAGUUAGAGAUUCAGAACUUGCCAAGUUACCAGAAGGAUUAUUUAAUGCUAUUAAAAUACGUUUCCCUGGUGUUGUUUCUACACUUAUUAAUCUUUUGGGACACAGAAUUUUAGGUAAUUUAAACAAAUAUAUAUUUAUAUUUUAAUAUUAAAUUUAUUAUGAAAUGUAAAUAUCUAUAUUUGUUUACAUUAACCAUUUUGUUAAUUUUUAAGUUAAAAUCAUUUAAUUCUAGGCACUUGGCAAAAACCUACAAUUGGUAAAACACUCGAUACAAGACCAACUCAAAGCAAUUUUUCAACUAUUGCUAUUGUACCUAUAUCAGAUGAUGUUCCUAUAACUAGUUUCACCUAUGAACUCUACCAUUCAUUAUGUUCAAUUGGAUCUACUAUACGGUUAACUUCUGACUAUGUUAGAAACGUAUUAGGAAAAUCUAUUAUGGAUUAUAAUAAUGAGUAUAGUUUAACUACUUGGUUAGCUCAACAAGAAGAUCAACAUAAAAUUGCCCUUUAUCAAUGUGACUAUUCCUUCUCUCCUUGGACUCAACGAUGUAUUCGACAAGCUGAUUGUAUAUUACUUAUAGCUCUAGGAAAUAAACAACCUACAUUAGGAAAGGUAAAUUUGUAUUAUUAUCUGUACUUAUUUUUAAUUAUUACAAGCUAUUACUUAAUAACUCAUAUUUAUUAUUAAAUAGUGAAAAAUAAUAAUAUAAUUUAAUUUGUGUAGGUAUUUGUUACACAAUAAAAAUGUAACUUAUUUUUUAGUAUGAAAAAGAUAUUGAGCGCCUAGCAUUACGUACUCAAAAAGAAUUAAUUUUAUUACACAGAGAAGAUUCAGAUUUACCUUCUAAUACAGUUGAUUGGUUGAAUAUAAGAUCUUGGGUGUCAUCACAUCACCAUAUUCAAUGUCCAAAACGUAUAUUUUUGAAACGUUCAGUUUUAGUUUUAGUAAGUAAUAAAUAUUUAAGAAUUAUUAAAAUUCACCCAGUUUGGGUCAUUUAUAAUUUAUUUUAUUUUAUAAACCUAGUUUGAAUUAAUUAUAAAACAUCUAAAAAAAAACAUAAAGUUAUUUAAUUUAUAACUGUAAUCAACGAUAAACUAUUACUAACAAAAAGUGAUUCAGAAAGAAGUUUGGUAUACUUGUUUUAAAGGACUAUAAUAUUUAUGAUUUUCGUCAAAAUGUGAUUUUAAAACUCUUAUAAAAAAGAAAAAAUACUACAUUAAAUUAUUCAUUUUUUUUUGUUACACUAAUGAACCUCAUAUCAAAUUUUUAAGCAUUUCUGUUAAGUCUAACAAUUUAUUAUAUAUAGUAGUAUAAAUUAUAUAAUAUAUUAUAUUUUAUUUGUAAUUUACUAAAAUAAUAAUAAUUAUUAUAUUGAAAAGCCUCAAAAUCUGUUAAGUUUAUGAAAAAAUCAAAUUAUAAAUAAUAUAAUACUUGUUAAUUUUUAGAGUGAACAAUAUGAAAAAAUAUUACAAACAGAAGUAAAUAUUCAUUCAGAUUUUUCACGUUUAGCCAGAUGGUUGACAGGAACAUCUGUGGGAUUAGUUUUAGGAGGUGGAGGUGCAAGAGGAGCUGCUCAUAUAGGAAUGAUUAAAGCUAUACAAGUAUACAAAUUAUUAUUUGUUAUUUAUUAUUUUAAUAUAGAAUUUGUAUUCUUUUUUUUUUUGUUUUUAUUAUCAUUAGGAAGCUGGCAUUCCAAUUGAUAUGGUAGGUGGCGUUAGCAUUGGUGCCUUUAUGGGAGCUGUAUGGUGUGGUGAAAGAGAUAUCAUUGGCAUGAUACGUAAAGCUGGACAUUGGGCUAAGGUGCAUACUUUAAUAAUAUUUAAAAAAACAUUGAGUGAAAAAAAUUAUAUAUAAAUAUAAACAAGACAAUUUUAUUAUAAGUGUUUAAAAAAUUUUCAAACAUUAUUUUUUUUUUAUAUAAAUUUAUAAUAAAUUGUUCGAAUACUCUUUUUCAAUAUUUCAAUAUUUAUCAAGGACAAUAAAAGUUAUUAUUUUAAAGAUUAAACUGCUGUGGUGUUUGUUACAAUAUUUUUGAUAGUAAAGUUUGGGUUAUUAUUUAAUAUAUAGUAAUUUAAAUGAAUAGUUGCUUUAAUAAUAAUUAUUCAGUUCCCAUUAGUUAAAAAUAUUUCAAAAUUUAUUAUAUACUUUUAGAGUAACUUAUGGGUAGAUAAGAAAUAAAUUACUAAAAUAUAUACUUUACAUUGUAUGUAAAUCAAAUAAUAUUCUAAUAAAAUGUAUACUACUUUAUUAAAUAUUAAAUCGUAUUUAUGAUAACAGAUGAUUUAAACUGUUUAAUGUUGAAUUAGUAACAAUACCAACAUGCUUCAUAUGAUAUUGAGAUUCUAAUCUGAAAUAAUCAACAUUAAUAAUAAUUAAUGUUUUAAUAUUUUUUAAGAGUAUGACACAUUGGUGGAGGCAAAUAUUGGAUUUAACUUACCCAGUAACAUCAAUGUUUACUGGUCAAGAUUUUAAUUUUACUUUAAUUUCCGCUCUUGGAGAAACUCAAAUUGAAGAUUUAUGGUUGCCAUAUUUUACAGUAACAACAGAUAUCUCGUCUAGUGAAAUGCGAGUUCAUACUCACGGUAUAAUUAAUUUUUUGUUAUUAAUAUUUUUCUUAAAAACUAUUAGCUGUUAGGCCAGCAUCACACUUGGAGAAAUUUGGUGAUAUAGAUAAACAUUAUCUUAAAUAUACCUUAACACAUGAGUAGAAUUAACACUAAUUUUUUUGAAAAUUAAUGCAUGUUCCCUUGCAGAACCCAAUAUAUAAAUUCAAACUUGUUAUUUGUUGCUAUCGAUAUCUCACAUUUUGUAAUUUUGUACACGAUACCAAUCGAAUUGAACACAGCAAAAAGAUGACUACACGCACUUGGUUAGUUGUCAAAUAGUCAUUUAAAUAGUUUAUUACAUCUACUAUGAGUGAAAAACGAAUUAAAGUAUUGCUGAAUAAUAUUGUUUUGUUUUAAUAGCUUAUGAUUAUCAUUAGUAAUAAAAUCAUGAUAACAAUUAUUUCUGAAACUAUUAUUAUAGAAUUCCGAUUUAGAAAAACUGUAAGUGUGACACUGGCCUUAGGUGAUGUAAUCAAUUAAUAUUCAUUACUAUUGUUGAGUUUGAAAUUUCAUAAAUAUGCAUGUUAGACCAUAUUUUUAUUCUCUAUUACUAAAUUCAUUAACAUUAUUGAUCAUAUAAUAUAUUGUAGAAUUCUUGCAAUAAUUGUUAUACAUUCAAAUUAAGUUAUCCUUAAUAUAAUAAUUAAUAAAAUAUAAUAAUAAUUUGUUCCCACAUACAUAUUUUUAAUAACUAUAUUUUAUUAAAUGUACUAUAAUAUAAAUAAAUUGUUUAAUAAGUUUUUGUGAUUGAUUUACCCAAACUGUGUUGACUUUAUUAAUAUAUAAGGCUAAUUUAAUUAAUUUUAUAAAACUCAUAAUUUUAUUUAUUUUGAAUACGGAGUUUUAAAUUCUAGGAUCUUUAUGGCGUUAUGUACGGUCGUCAAUGUCUCUUUCCGGUUAUAUGCCUCCUUUAUGCGAUCCAAUUGAUGGCCACUUAUUAUUGGAUGGUGGAUACAUAAAUAAUUUACCAGGUAAAUCAAUCACUAGCUUAUUUUAAUACUUUAUUUAAAUUAAUAAUUACUAAACUAAUUUUAUGAAUAACUAUACAAACGUAACACUUUUUUUCAUGGAAUUUUAUGAACACCAAUAUUUUAAUUAACUAAAAUAAAUAACUGCUUAAACUUUUAUAUAUUUAAAACAAUUGAAAACUGAUUUUAAUUAACAGUGAUAUUUAAAAUAUUUGAGUUAUGUUAUUAAUUUAUUACAUAAAUAUUCAAAGUCAUCAUGUAUUGGAGAUAUGUAUGUGUGUUAGAACAAUUCAGGCUAUAAUUUCUUCAACCUGAAUGGUCUUUAAAGUGUAGUGUGCAAAAAUAGGCUUACUUUGGAGGUAUGUUCGAUCAAGUAUGACAAUUGCUGGUUUACUUCCGCCCAUGUAUAAUCAUGAUGAUGGACAUUUACUUAUGGAUGGCUCUUAUGUGAAUAAUGUACCAGGUGAGUUAUUAACAACUUAGCAUGAAAUAUUAACUAUAUUGUGGACUAUGACGUCAUUUGAUGUUUUUAAAGAUUUUUGGAUGAAUAUUUUAGUCUAAUUUUACAUGAAUUGUUUUCGAAAAUAUAUAAACAAGAGAAGAACUGUUUAGAUAUAUUGCCUCCAGAUGCAGUAGAUUUUGUUUAUUUCAGCUUUAACAAUUGUAUUAUUUAUGUGUGUUAAUUUGACUGGAUAUGCAUACUCCAAUAUAUGUGUACAUAACAUUGAUAUUUAUAAAAUAUAUUAAUCUGUUAAACAAAACUAGCUAAAAUAAAUUUUAUUUUUUCAAUUUAGCUGAUGUAAUGCGCAGCCUUGGAGCAAAAUAUGUUCUAGCUAUUGACGUAGGUUCCCAAGAUGACAUGGAUUUUACAAAUUAUGGUGAUAGCUUGUCUGGUUUUUGGUUGUUGUGGAAAAAAUAUAAUCCAUUUACUACAUCAGUUAAGGUCCCCAGUCUUCCAGAUAUACAAUCACGACUAGCAUAUGUUUCUUGUGUUCGUCAACUCGAAGUAAAUUUGUUACAGACUAUUUUACAAUUUUAUAACUAGAUAGUUCAUUAAAUUAACCUUUACAACUAAAACCUAGGCUCUUUAAAAUUAUUAAUUUUGUUCCACUAAAGUCUGUUAUUUUCUUGGCCUAUUUUAGUUACUCUCUUUAGAUUACUAUUUGAAAAUAACAAAAAAAUAAUUAUACAACAUAAAAUAUUGAAUUAUUUGUAUCAAUUAGAUAUUAUGACAUCAUUUAAAACAAAAAUACAUACUAUUUUAUUUAUUCCUGCAAUUUGCUGUCUCUUACGACAUUGAAAAGGAACAUUUUGUUUUUCAAUAUACAUUUCCUUACUUCAAAAUAGUGGUUCUAAAAAAGCCAACUGUCAUUAUUCUCUAUGCAAAGAGCCAAGAAAAUGACAAAUUGUUCGCAGGGAAAAAAUGUAUAAUUCAAAAUAGGUUAUCAUUAUACUAAAAGCAUAGGUUUUUUUUGUGAAAAGAUUAAUUUCUCAAAUGCCCUAUGACAUAUACAGGGUGAUUCUUUUAUUUUUGAACACUUAUUAUUUCGCAAAGUAUAUUUCUCAAAAAAAAAAAUGUGUUUUAACAAUUAAGGAAACAAAAAAUUUUAAAUUAUACAUUACCAUUAGUUUUAGUUAGCCUUAUUUUUGGGGGUUAAAUGAGACUACCUACUUUUCAUUUUAAAAUGGCAACCUAUAUUAAGUUUAAAAGUGUAGAUAGAGUAUUAGUUAAAUACAUUUUGGUGCUGAAAUUUUUGAUUUCCUUUAACCUGUUCAUAAGAUAUUCCACUUAUAAGUUUGAGUAGUGGGAAAGUAGUGUAGUAUUAUUUGUGUAGCGACAUGGUGCGCAGCAUGUGAAUAGUGUUCCACUUAUCUCCCUCUUCCCUUAACUUAAAAGUAGAAUAUCAUGAAUGCGAGUGGUAAUAAAUAAAUUUAUUUAAACGAUAUAUGAAACUUUUAAUAUAUAAAAAUAAUGGUAGUGUACAAUUUUAGAUUUUUGGUUUUUUAAAUUACUAAAAUAUUUUUUUUUUAAAAAAGUACACUUUGCAAAAAUAAUGAGUGUUUAACAAUAAAAGAAAACUAUAUUUUUAUUAUGUUUUAUAUUAAUCUGUUAAAAAUUCAGGUGGUUAAAAAUAGUGAUUAUUGUCAGUACAUAAGACCUCCUAUUGACAAGUAUAAAACACUUCAAUUUGGAAGUUUUGAAGAAAUAAAGGUAUUGUAUUGUUAAAAUAUAUAUAUUAAAUAAAUAUAUGAAUAAAUAAAUUAAUAAAUAUGUUGUCUGGAAUAUUAUGAUAAAGGUAUUUUAUUUUAUGUAUACAUUUUUUAUUCAUAUAAUUACAAGUAUUAACCAUUUUAAUAAUUUGGUUUUUACUUUAUUAUUUAAUUACUUUAUUUAUUAAAAUAUAUUUAUAUUAAAAGCUUAUAUAAUAGUAGAUACCCAUCAUGUAUUUGGUGUAAAAUAUUAUACUAGCUAAUCAAUAGGUAAUCAUAAAUAUAAGCUAUUACAUCAUUAUUUUGUGUUAAUAAAAAUAAUAAUAUGAUUAAUUUGUAUUAUUUAUUAUUAUUUAAAGGUAAGGUUUAAUUCAACUAAUUUAUGUAUUAAAUUUUUAUUUUUAGGAAGUCGGUUAUCAGCAUGGUAAAACUUAUUUUGCUGGUUUAAAACUAGCUGGAAAAAUUCCAUUUGGAAAACAAGAACCUAUACUGUUGCAUAGAAAAUCAGAACAACGAGCUUUGUAUCCAAAUCUCGUACAAAUUAUAUCUUCUAGUUACCAAUCAGUUGACAGUAAUUAUGUUUUUAUUAUUAAUUAAUAUUUAUUUAUUUAUUUUUUAUGUAGAUGAAUUUAAUAUCUUCUUUUUUCAGAUGCUCAACUAACUGAUAAAAGUGAUAAACAGUAGUGAUACAAAUAUUAUUUUUAUUUUACCUUUACCUAUUAUUAUGUUGUAAAUAAAUAUUUAUUAUAACUAUGUAUCUAAAGAAAUAAAUUAAGAUUUAUCUUGUACUUCAACCUAUUAAAGUACAUAAACACUAUUAUGAUAAAUAGUAAGGUAAAAAUAUGGUGACGGUAGUGAUAUAAUUUGCCUUAUUAUUUAUCGCAGCAGUGUAUACAUACUUUUAUAAUAUUAUUAUUUAUAACAUGAAAACUAAAAUGAAGACAUUCAAAAAUGUUUUAAAUUUGUAACCAUUAAUAUUUAAAGAAAUAAGAAAAUAUUAUAUGUUAUAUAUUUUUUUGUCUUACAUUUAAUUCUUUUAAUAUUAUUGAAUAAUAUUUUGUAUUUUUUUUUUAUACAUAUUUAUAGACUGGAUUAUUAUACAAAUAUUUUACAUACC